CGUACAGUAAAUGCUUCCUCGGUCCCAAACUCUCCCACUGCAACAUGCAAUAAAAAAACACAGAGAUACCUUCCUUCGUCUCCUAACAACCUCGAACCCAUCGAAAUCACUCUCUUCUUCUUCAAUCCAUUCCACCCUCUUCAGCCAAACUUUUUUCCUUUUCCAAUUCAUUUCUACUUUAUCUUCUAACCAUGAGAAUCCAGUCAUGGCUGCAGACAUGUUCUUGCUCUUCCAACAGUUCCACUGCCACCCACAACUCCACAAUCUCCCUCCUUAAACAAAACCAACAUGCAUACGACACCUCAACAACCUCCUCUUUCGUUUCCGAAACACCCUCUUCCGCCAUAUCUACCACCACCACUUCCUCUCUCGAAACCAACCUCUCCAUACAAACCCUCCCAUCCAUUCCCUCUCUCCAAAACCAAACCCCGAUCAUCUUCUCCGUCUCCCACCACUGCAUCAACUCUCUCACCCCACACCCCUCUCGCCCUGUCACUUCCCUCGCGGUCACCAACAACCUCCUCUACGCCGCAACGGACCACGAAAUCAACGUCUACGACCGCCACACCUGCACCAUCCUCCAUACGUUCAACAUCCAACCCACUUCCAACUCCACCAAAGCCAUCACCUUCACCGACAACCUCGUCCUCACCACCCACCAGGACUCCAAGAUCCGAGUCUGGCGAAACCACAAGACCCACCACCGCGUGUUCACCACUCUCCCCACGGUCAAAGACCGUCUCCACCGUUUCCUCCUCCCGAAAAACUAUAUAACUAUCCGUCGCCAUAACAAACAGCUCUGGAUCGAACAUGCAGACGCCGUCACGGGGCUGGCGGUUACAAACAGCGCCAUCUAUUCCGUUUCGUGGGACAGGACUCUGAAGAUAUGGCGACUCUCGGAUUUCCGCUGCUUGGAGUCCGUGAAUGCGCAUGAGGAUGCAGUCAACGCGGUUGCAGUGUCCUUUGAUGGUAUUGUGUACACUGGAUCCGCCGAUAAAAGAAUACGCGUGUGGGCUAGACCCGCGGGGGAGAAGCAGCACGUGCUGGUGGCGACUUUGGAAAAACACAAAUCUGCUGUGAACGCUUUGGCCCUAAACGACGACGCUUCGGUGCUGUUCUCAGGUGCCUGUGACCGUUCCAUAUUGGUGUGGGAGAGGGAGGACAGUGCGAACCAUAUGGUGGUGAGUGGGGCUCUCAGAGGGCACCAGAAGGCAAUACUGUGCUUGGUCAGUGUCUCCGAUUUGCUCCUCAGUGGGUCGGCUGAUCGGACGGUCAGGAUUUGGAAGCGCGCUACUGAUGGACGGUUUGGAUGUCUUGCUGUCCUUGAUGGCCACCGGAAACCGGUUAAAUCCUUGGCCGCUAUUUUGGAGAAUGAUGAAGCUUCACCUAAUAACACGGUCUCGAUUUUCAGUGGCACUCUUGAUGGAGAGAUUAAGGUUUGGCAGGUUGCUAUCAGCAGCCAAUCGGCGCAUUAUCCAGAAAUGGAUUCAUAGAAAAUGGAUACCUGGUGAUAACAUUUAUUUUCAUUUUCUUAUAAAAACACAUUCAUUUUUAGUUAUAUUAUAUUAUCA